GCACUUUUUUUUUGUUGAUGGAAAUUUUUGAAGGGCGCCUGCCAACUUCCGGGGUGUCUAGUCUCUUUCUUACAUUCGUUCUCAAUAAUGCAUCGCUUGGCAACUAAGGCUGCUAAACCCGUUGCUCGUCUCAGCUCAAAGUCCACCACCGGUGUCUUGAACCGUCUUUAUUCCACUCACAAGGAAAUCAAGUUUGGUGUUGAUGGUCGCGCUGGUCUUCUCAAGGGUGUCGAUAUUCUCGCCAAGGCUGUUGCCGUUACCCUCGGUCCCAAGGGUCGCAAUGUUUUGAUUGAACAGCCCUACGGUUCCCCUAAGAUCACCAAGGAUGGUGUCACCGUCGCUAAGAGCAUCGUCCUUGAGGACAAGUUUGAAAACCUCGGUGCUAGAUUGGUUCAAGAUGUUGCCAACAAGACCAACGAAGUUGCUGGUGAUGGUACUACCACCGCCACUGUUCUUGCUCGCGCCAUCUUCACCGAAGGUGUCAAGAAUGUCGCAGCUGGCUGUAACCCUAUGGACCUUCGUCGUGGUGCCCAAAUGGCUGUCGAUGAAGUCGUCAAGUUCUUGAAGCAACACUCUCGUGUCAUCACCACCUCCGAGGAAAUUGCUCAGGUUGCUACCAUUUCCGCUAACGGUGACAAGCACGUUGGUGGUGCUAUUGCUCAAGCCAUGGAGAAGGUUGGCAAGGAAGGUGUUAUCACCGUCAAGGCCGGAAAGACCAUCGAAGAUGAACUCGAAAUCACUGAGGGUAUGCGCUUCGACCGUGGUUACAUUUCCCCUUACUUCAUCACCGACCCCAAGACUGCCAAGGUCGAGUUUGAGAAGCCCUUGAUUCUUCUCUCUGAGAAGAAGAUCUCUCUUCUUCAAGAUAUCCUCCCUGCUCUCGAAGCUGCUGCCACCCAACGCCGCCCUCUUUUGAUUGUUUCUGAAGAUUUGGAUGGUGAGGCUCUUGCUGCUUGUAUCCUUAACAAGCUCCGUGGUCAACUCCAAGUUGCUGCUGUCAAGGCUCCUGGCUUCGGUGAUAACCGCAAGUCCAUCCUUGGCGAUCUUGCCAUCUUGACUGGCGGUACCGUCUUCUCUGAUGAACUCGACGUCAAGCUCGAGAAGGCUCACCCCGAUCUCUUCGGUACCACUGGUUCCGUCACUAUCACCAAGGAAGACACUAUCUUCUUGAACGGUGCUGGCUCCAAGGAUCUCUUGACUCAACGUUGCGAACAGAUCCGUGGUGCUAUGAACGACUCCUCUGUUUCCGAUUACGAGAAGGAGAAGCUUCAAGAACGUCUUGCUAAGCUCUCUGGUGGUGUUGCUGUCAUCAAGGUCGGUGGUUCUUCCGAAGUUGAGGUUGGUGAGAAGAAGGAUCGUUUCGAUGAUGCUCUUUGCGCCACCCGUGCUGCUGUCGAGGAAGGUAUUGUCCCUGGUGGUGGUACCGCUCUUCUCAAGGCUUCCAGAGCUCUUGAUAAGCUCACUGCUGCCAACUUUGAUCAACAAUUGGGUAUCAACAUCAUCCGUCAAGCUAUUCAGCGCCCAUGCAGAACUAUCGUUGACAACGCUGGUGGUGAAGGAUCCGUUGUUGCUGGUAAACUUUUGGAAGAACACGUUGACAACUUCAACUGGGGUUAUGAUGCCUCCAAGAACGAGUAUGUCGAUAUGAUCAAGGAAGGUAUUCUCGACCCCACCAAGGUCGUCCGAACCGCCCUUGUUGAUGCUUCCGGCGUUGCUUCUCUCCUUACCACCACCGAAUGCAUGAUUGUCGAUGCUCCUCAAGACAAGUCUGCUCCUGCUAUGGGCGGCAUGGGUGGUAUGGGCGGUAUGGGUGGCAUGGGUGGUAUGAUGUAAAAAAAAAAUUGACAAACCAAACCAAGAGGAAGCUAUAAAAAGUACAUUUAGUUUUCCCUGAACCCCAAAAAGAAACUCUAAUCUACCAUUCUCAUUACAAACUUGCUCUCUUCAAAACUUGUCGCUUAUUCUCCAUUUUUCAAAACACAACAGAAACGAUGUUUCCAAUUUUUUUUUUUUUUUUUCAAUUGAUGUUUUCUGUUUUUGCAAAUAGGCAUUUUUUUUUCUCCAUAGAACUGCCAGCUCUUUCUUUCGUUGCACAGCUGAAUUAGAAACUGGCUAUAUUUUUUUUUUCCCAUAAUAAAAUAUAUAUUCGAGAGUACCCAAUGUACACACAAAGCAGAGACGUGUACAUUUUAUGAUUCGCUCACUUC